AUGGCGCUGAUCCGCCUAUGUAGACCCCUUCUCAUUGUAUUGCUACAAAAGGGAACACGCGCCUAUCCCCGUUGGUCCUUAACGAGGCGACGACCACCCCCAUGGCUACCCACCCUAGCCCUAACUGAAGAAGAAAAUCUUGACGCGCACCCCUCCUUCACCACCAUACUUAUCUCCUCCUUAUCACAUCAACAAAAAAGGAGAUUUCGGGUACGAACAGAACUUCUUUUAUUCCUUUUAGGGACAAGUAUUUGGGCAACAAAUGCCGAACCUUUGAAAUACGAAGUACCCACGGAAAUCAUCAUAGCCAAGAACAAACAUGAUGCCGAUGAGAUAAUUAGCCCAUUAGGGCAGUCACCUUUUAUCUCAAACUUCAUUCAAAAAGGAACUAAUGUCUUUUUUAAACCACAAGUUCUGCUCUCUCCAAGAAUAGUACAACAACCAACACUGGUCGAUUGCAACACACCACCAUUAGUGCCUGCCUUAUCUAUGCCUACUGUUCCAGAGCAAAUUGUAUUGGACGAACCUCUAAGAAUUGUAGAGACAACUUUGCCUGGAAGUAAUCUGCCUGUGCCGCACGUAGAAGAAAUAAUAGAUAUAAAACCAGCAUCAAUAUAUCAUAAACCAAUGGGACCAAUUUACGAUCCACCUGUAUUGCCACCUCUACCGCCAUCUUUGCCGGAAAUUCCAGUAUUGCCACCUCUACCCCUACCUCUGCCGGAAAUUCCAGUAUUGCCACCUCUACCGCCAUCUUUGCCAGAAAUUCCAGUAUUGCCACCUCUACCGCUACCUUUGCCGGAAAUUCCCAUUGUUGUUCCAGAUUAUAAUGUGAUAGAUAAUUGUGUAGAUAUUCCUGCUUCACCCAUAUUGCCCAUUAUUAAACCUGAAGUUAAUUUUGUGUUGGAACAGGUCAUACCCGAAUCCUCUUCGGUUUCUGAAAUUGAUCUUUCCGAAUUGAAUGUAAUGCACGAGCAUAACUCUGUGCUUAUUCCAGAAGCUCCUAUAUUGCCUCCACUGUCUCCAAUUCCUGAGCUUCCAGCUCCAGUUAUUAUGGAAGAACCAAUUCAAGUUCCAUGCAUUCUUGAGGUUUCGCAAUCAUCAUUAGAAAAUGAUGACCUAAGUAAAUUGCCAAAUAUUCCCGUUGCACCUGAACUGCCACCUUUGACUUUACCUGAACUUCCUGUUCCUGUAUCAGUACUAAAUCCAAUUUUACCUGCAACUGUGGUUGUUGAAGCUAGUGAAAGCAAUGAAAUAACACAUACAUCUCCUAAUUAUUUCAACGACGUAAAUUUCCCUACAAAUAUUCCACCAGCACCGGUGUUACCCCCCUAUGCACCAAUUAAUGUACCUGCGAUAAUUGAAGAAACCCUACAUAUUUCACAAGGUUCAGAAUUGUCAGCUAGCCAGCCAGUAGUAGAAAUUCACGAAUAUAUAAAACCUUCAGUAAUUCCGGACACCCCUUUAUCGUCGAUUAAUUGUUUACCUGAACUUCCUUUGCCUGCGUUUAACGACGAGACUUCACUUAUCAUUCAAGAAAAUGUAGAAAAUAUCAAACCUGUAGAAAUACCUGCUGCUCCACUGUUACCACCCCUAGCCCCUCAUACAAUACCUUAUAUUGUAAACGAACCCGUAGAAGUAGCGAUACCUAGUUUUUUACCCGAACAUAUGCCUAUUUUAGUGCCUGAAUUACCUCAUAUAGCAGUGCCCACUCUAUCUAAAGAAUCAUCGCUGUCAUCAACUGUCUUGUCUACUAAAGAAAAUAUUCUUUCAUUUUUAUCAGGACUAUUUACGCCUCAUUUACCUUCAAUUGAUGAUAAAAUUGUAAUUCCUUCUGUACCUAAAACUGAACUUAUAUCAUUCCCAACAACAUGCAUACAAAAUAUUAUUUUGAAAAGGGUUCUACCAAAUAUUUUAAACGAGCAUAAUUUGAAAGUAGAAGGUAAUGUACCAAUUAUAUCCGCUCCUUCUCCCUAUAUACCUAUACAACCCGUAGGACUCCCGUUAUUCUAA